AUGUCGGAGUCAUGGAUGACUUGUCCUUUGGAGGAGUCAGAUUCUGCAACCCAGCCGUCUGAGAAACCGCCCCGGAAAAGGUUGAAGCCUGACACUUCUUGGAUGAAGCCAAAGUUGGAAGACAGGCAGCCGUCCCGGAGGGGACGGCAGCCGGCUUCGUCUCAGAUGCAGGUGAAGCCAGCAGAAGAUGACUGGAUGCAGCCUCCGGUGGAUGAUUGGAUGCAGCCUCCGGUAGAUGAUUGGAUGCAGCCUCCGGUCGAUGAGGCAAUGCCGCCGCCGUGUGUGCCAGAGGCAGCAUCUUCACAGCCAGUUGUGACGGAGAUCAUGAACAUAUGCAUGCCCUUGCUAAAGGUUCUGCCCAAAGAAAGAGAUCACGACAACGUCUACAGUGCUCAUGGGAAAGACAUUGAUAGGAUCACACAAGCACUACGAGGCAAGUGCGGAUGCAAGAAGAAUUGCAUGACGAAGUUCUCGGUGAAGCAGGUUAAGGUUUUGGCUUCUGCAUGGCAUGACCUUUCGACGGCCACACAGUACCAGGUUUUGUUCAACAUGUUCAAUGGUGAGAAGUGCAGUGAGCAGGUACGUGACAUGGAGACCACAAAUUCUGCAAUGAAGCGGAAACAAUGGCAGCUUGAUGGUCGGGAUGUCUGCUUCAGGGCUUUUUGCCGACUGCUGGGCCAUUCCCCCACCACUGUACUGCGAAUGAUGCAUGGGGAUCCCGACCUUCGCAAAAGUGGUUUGGACAAUAUGCCAACUCGCCCCCGUCCACACCCUCAGCAGGACAUUGUCCAUCAUUUCCUUAUGGACCAGUACAUGAGUGCUGCCGAAACAUUGCCUGAGGUCAUGCAAGGGGAUGGCACAAGCUUUGCUGAGCAAGCAUUGGACACAGAUGGCUCACAAUCUGCAGCUCCCUCGGAGACUUUCCAGAAGUCGUUUCUGUGGAACUUGGACACUUCAAUCCCCGAGCGGGUUGUUGCACUUUUUGGCAAGGGUGAUGGCAGAAUGCAAGCGCCCCUCCGGUUUUUGCCACCAGGUCAGAUAUCUGACCUCUGGUAUCAGUUUCUGGCUUGGUGUCAAGCCCAGCGUGCACAGCUGCAGCCACAUGAACGUUCAGAUUCCGAUUCGCAGUUCCAGAUCCCUUCAUGGAGCACAUUUAUGCGUGUGUGGCACCAAUACUGGUACAAGCAAGUGCUAGAUUUCAGACAGAAAUCAUCUCAUGCCGAAUGCACUGUCUGCUGGGAGGCAAAACAGCUGCUGCACAGUCAGGGUUUACCUUUGCAUGAACGUGUGCGCCAUGCAGCUGCAUGGCGUGCACACUUGGCCUGCCAGUAUGCUGACAGGCUUCUCUACUAUCACAUCCGGUAUGCAUCCCGUGCAAAAGCUGGACUGCUGAGUCUUGUUUGUGACUCUAUGGACAAGGCCAAAUUUGCAUACCCGAAGAUGAACUACGAUCGCCUUCCCAAAUCAGUUGAGGGGCUUCAUCGACCUCGCUUUGUGUUGACUGCUGCAAUGUGCCAUGGCCAUUGCUUGGGCAUCUUCGUCUCUGAUGAUGAGACCCGGCCAGUUGUGAACAAGAUUGAUGAGUCAGUCAAGCACGGAGCCGAUCACUUGGUGGAAAUCAUCAACCGUGUUGUGCAGAGAAUUUCCGAGAAGGGCGAUCCACCAAGCCACUUGGUGCUGCAGUCAGAUAAUACUUGCAGCUUCUCGAAAAACUCGACUACCCACUUGUACUUUUCGUAUCUGGUCGCAGCGGGAAAGAUGCAGACUGUGACCGCAAACUACCUAGUUCGUGGUCACACUCACGAGGAUAUCGACGCUCUUUUUGCAGAGUUUCUACCGGUGCUGCGAAGGUCAAGUUUUGAUUGUCUGCAGGAUGUUCUAGACAUCAUGCAAGCCGCAAUGCAGGCCCGAGCUGAAAACUGCGGCGAGGCACUUCUGGUGCAGGACAGCUCGGAUAUCCGUGCCUACGAAGACUGGCUGUCCACAAUGGGAAUCAAGCUAUCCAGUGCAUUCAUGCCGAGGAAGCCAAAAGGACAAGAUCAUCUGCAGGACGUUCCUCAUUCGUACAUCUACAAAAGGCGAAUGGACCUGACAGCUUUGGAGAUGUCAAGACUUCCACGUGCAAGCAAAGAAGGUGAUACCAAAGAUGUGUUUGUAGUCUGCAAAAGCAGGAUGCUGGACAAGGACACCCAUCCUCCGGUCUUGGUUCUUCCACACAGUCGCCUCGGCAGACUUCCUCCUUUCCAGGACAUUCCCCUGGUGCCGCGUCAAACCGUGUCCGACCAGAGGCGAAAGGAUUUGAUAAAGCUAGCAGGUGUGGUGGAGAGGGCGCCCUUCAGCCGGGGAGCCGGCUCUGAUGCUCUGAAGAAGUUGGCAUCAGGAAGUUAUCAGCCGGAGAAGUCACCCCUGCCAUGGUUUGAAGCCGCUGGCAGCAUGCUUCCCCCGAGCAUGUUGUCCAGGAAUGAGCUGUUUCCUCAUCUGCCAGAGGCAACAUGGCCCAUGAUGGCAAAGUUUCGAUGA